AGCAGUCAUUGACACUUUAUGUAGACAAUGCUGAAUGUAAACUGAAACUGACUACAUUGUCUUCCCAUCUAGGAAGUUAAGUUGAUACCUGUAACCGGUGUUGACCAAGUCGGAAACUAUAUAGACUGCUAAGCAAGAUAGCUGCCAAACUUUAUAUCUGGAGUUUGUUCAUACCGUGAAGAUCAAUGGCAGAUGAGGCCUCCCCACAGGUAGCACCAUCACAGGUGACUGAGGACUCUGAUCCUGACAAGUACAGAUACAACAUGGACUACACCAGCAUCGGCCGGUGUGUCAUCAUCAACAACAAAAACUUUGAUAAAAAUACAGGAUUGAAUGCUCGCGAAGGCACAGACGUAGAUGCUGGUCUUGUGAUGAAAACAUUCAGAGGGCUGGGUUAUGACGUUAAGAUUUUCAACGACCUGACUGUAGAGAAGAUCGAGGAGGAACUGACUAAAGUCUCUAAGGAGGACCACAGCAAGAUGGCUUCCUUUGUGUGUGUGCUCCUGAGUCACGGGCAGGAGAACAGGCUGUAUGGGACGGAUAGUGCUGUGGAGCUCAGCAAGCUAACCGGCCUCUUCAGAGGAGACAACUGUGCUACCCUGGUGGGCAAACCCAAACUGUUCUUCAUCCAGGCAUGCCGUGGGACAGAAAUGGAUGGCGGAGUAGAGACGGACAGUGUAGCUGUUGAAGAUGACGAAUCGCCCACAAGGAUCCCAGUUGAGGCGGACUUCCUGUACGCCUACUCCACUGCACCAGGGUACUACGCCUGGAGGAACCCACAAAAUGGCUCCUGGUUCAUUCAGUCCCUGUGUUCCAUUCUGGACGAGUUUGGGAAACAGCUGGAACUAAUGCAGCUCAUGACCCGUGUUAACAACAUGGUGGCACUGAACUUUCAGUCAAACUCCUUCACACCAGGGUUUAAUGCCAAGAAGCAGAUACCCUGCAUUGUGUCUAUGCUGACCAAAGAGCUGUACUUCCAGAAAUAAUGCUCUCCUAAUAGAUACUGUAAGAAAAGUCUGUGAUUCUUUAUUAUGUAAUGUAAGAUCUAUAAGGAGACAUUUAUUUGGGUUUACUUUAUUUUAUUUUAUUAUUAUUAAUUAUGUGUUUGGAGGACUGUCUAGAAAAUACUGACAAAUUCAGAUGUGGUGAAAAGCAACCGGUGCAGUUUAAUCGAUGUCAUGAUUUACUAAUGGCUUAUAUUGUAAAUAGUAAAAAAUUAUGAACACA